AAGCCGAGUAGAGUAGGAAGUGGGCUGCGAUGUCCUUUUGUGUCCUCGAGCCGGGGCCCCGCGCGUAGCUCCGCCAGCUCAUGGCCCGCCCGGGGCCCGGCCCGCGGGGCCACUGAGCCAGCCGGCCGGAGGCGGCCCAGCGCCGGCGACCCCCGCCCGCCCCCGCCCCGCCGCCCCCGCGCAGAGCCCUUGCGCCGCCGCUCCAAGAGCUGUCCAGCCAUGUCCUCCCGGGAACGCCGGACGGAAUUCUUCAUUAAAACCGAGCCGGCUUCCCCCGAUAGCCUCGUGCAACACAGCCCCAGCGGGUCCUCCGACACCAGCACCAGCGGGGCCCCCGCUGAACUCGAGACCGCCAGCACCUUGCCCGCCGGGACGGGGGCCUCCCGCCGACGCCACGAUGAGGACCCCGACGAAGCUCCUGGCCGGGGAAAGUAUAUGCUGAACACCAUGCCCAAGCGUCUGUGCCUGGUGUGUGGGGACAUCGCCUCGGGGUACCACUAUGGGGUGGCCUCCUGCGAAGCCUGCAAAGCGUUCUUCAAACGGACGAUCCAAGGAAGCAUUGAAUACAGCUGCCCGGCCACCAACGAGUGUGAAAUCACCAAACGUCGCCGGAAAGCGUGCCAGGCGUGUCGUUUUACCAAGUGCCUCCGCGUGGGCAUGCUGAAGGAAGGGGUUCGCCUCGAUCGGGUACGUGGGGGUCGACAGAAAUAUAAGCGCCGGCCAGAGGUGGAGGGUGCCCCCUACCCCAGCACUUUUGUGACCCCACAGAUCGCCACAGCUACCGCCAAGAAGUCAGCCCCGAUGAACACGAUGGUGUCCCAUUUGUUGGUAGCCGAACCGGAAAAACUCUACGCCAUGCCGGACCCGGCGCUUCCCGAGGGUCCCGUGAAAGCCGCAAGCACUUUGUGUGAUCUGGCCGACCGAGAGAUUGUGGUCAUCAUUGGCUGGGCCAAAAAUAUACCAGAGCGUCUGGCUGGAGGUUUUGCUCCUCGGCGUCGCCUGGCGCUCCCUGCCUUGCGAGGACGAGAUUGUGUUUGCGGAAGAUUUCGCGCUGGACGAAGAGGCGGCCCGGACGGCAGGACUGCUGGAGCUGAGCAGCGUGGUCCUCCAGCUGGUGCGCAAAUACCGGGCGCUGCGCCUGGAGCGGGAGGAAUAUGUGCUGCUGAAGGCGUUGGCCCUUGCCAACUCAGACUCCGUUCACAUCGAGGACAUGGCGGCCGUCCAACGCCUCCGGGACGUCCUUCACGAGGCAUUGCUGGAGUACGAAGCCUCGCGGCGCCCGGAGGAGCCGCGCCGGGCCGGCCGCCUCUUGCUAACCCUCCCGCUGCUGCGCCAAACCGCCACCCGGGUGCUGCACCACUUCUACAGCUUGAAACUGGAGGGCAAAAUCCCCAUGCAUAAGCUGUUCCUGGAGAUGUUGGAAGCCAUGAUGGACUGAAGGCAGGACAGGCUGAGAAUUGGGGUCCAGGAUUCAGGAGGGUGGGGGAACCCGGGCAUCCAGGACGGGGUGGGGUGCCAAGCCCGCGAUCGGAGACCAGCCGCCGCAGAGGCCCGGAUGCGGAUUCUGCCACCCUCUGAAUCCCCGCCACGGCUAUCGUGCUAAACUAACAUGCAUUUCACCAUAUGCAAACCUUGCGGUCAGCGCCUCGCCUCCCCCCCCCCCAACCUUCGUGCACAGUGGAGAACGACACACCCACCGCAACGCAGAUCGCCACGGCAAUCCUCCCCAGAUUGGAUUUGACACCCGGGGCCGGUUGGUGGAGACAGGGACAAAUGUUUUAGAAGCCAUACUUUAAUUUAUUGAUUGGGACUUGGGGGGGGGGGCAGGGAAGGAGAUUAGAGCAAGGCUUGUGCUCCUCGGCAGCAGGAAGGGGGGUGGACUUCAGCUCCCAGAAUCCCCCAGUCAGCGUGCUUUCAGAGGGGUGGACUUCAGCUCCCAGAAUCCCCCAGCCAGCGUGCUUUAAGAAGGGUGGACUUCAAUUCCCAGAAUCC